CUCUAACCCUUGCACUCGAUAUGCAUGGAGGCCUCAGAAACGGAAUGAGUCACUGUACAUAGUUUCACGACAAAAUGGUCCUCGGAGGCGAAAACACGUUGUCAGGUUCGGCACCAACAGCUAACGGACACGUUAAAGAGUCCAAUGGAUUCAUCCAACAUUCGAACGGUCACGUCCCGCAUUACAAGGAUGACAAGAUCAAGAAGAUGUCCCAAGAGAGUUUUGAACCAGUACCCCUGCUGGUGGCCUGCCUGACAUACCUGGGUUAUGGCAUGCUGGUGCUGUUUGGCUACUUUAGAGAUUUUCUAAGGAAGAGUGGAGUGGAAACAACACAUUCAACCAUAGAAAGGAAAAAGAUGAAGGAUUUUGUUCCCUUGUACCAGUCCUUUGAGAGUUUCUACACCAGGAAUCUUUACACACGAAUCAGGGACUGUUGGAACAGGCCAAUUUGCAGUGUACCGUCUGCAGAGUUUGAUGUUUCAGAGAGGGUUAGCGAUGAUGGCAACUGGCACCUGAGGCUUACAGGCAAGUCAAGACGAUGUGUGAAUCUGGGCUCCUACAACUACCUGGGGUUUGCAGAGAACACUGGUCCCUGUGCAGAUGCUGCAGCAAAGGCCUUGCAGCAGUAUGGAGCAGGAGUCUGCAGCACCAGACAGGAACUUGGAAACUACAGAAUCCAUGAAGAACUUGAGCAGACAACAGCCAGGUUCCUUGGCGUGGAGGAUGCUGUCACCUUUGGCAUGGGUUUUGCCACCAACUCCAUGAACAUUCCAGCCCUCAUGGGUGGGAAGGGAUGCCUUAUCCUGAGUGAUGAGUUAAACCAUGCAUCUCUUGUGCUGGGGGCUAGGCUGUGUAGUACUGUCAUCAAGGUCUUCAAACACAAUGAUAUUGAAGAUGUGGAAAGGAAACUGAGGGAAGCGAUCAUAAACGGCCAGCCGCGGACACACCGUGCCUGGAGGAAGAUCCUGAUCAUAGUGGAGGGGAUCUACAGUAUGGAGGGCUCCAUCAUCAAGCUGCCGGAUCUCAUCCGUCUCAAGAAGAAGUACGGGGCCUACCUGUACCUGGACGAGGCCCAUAGCAUCGGGGCCCUGGGGGAGACAGGCAGAGGGGUGACUGAGUACUGGGGUGUGGACCCCAGGGACGUGGACAUCAUGAUGGGGACAUUCACCAAGAGCUUUGGGGCUGCAGGAGGCUACAUAGCAGGGUCAAAGCGGUUGAUCAACCACCUCCGAGCGUACUCUCACAGCACCACAUAUGCCUGCUCCAUGGCAGCUCCUGUGGCACAACAGGUCAUCUCUUCCAUGAAGAUCAUUAUGGGUGAGGAUGGUACAAACAGAGGUCAACUCAGGAUCAAGCAGCUGGCAGCCAACUCCAAGUACUUCCGGCAGCGACUGGUGGAGAUGGGGUUUAUUGUGUAUGGGAACGACGACUCGCCCAUCGUGCCUGUUCUCCUCUACAUGCCUGCAAAAAUUGCAGCUUUUAGCCGGGAGCUUUACCAGCAGAAUGUGGGGGUAGUGGUGGUGGGUUUCCCUGCCACUCCCCUUGUGGAGUCCCGAGCACGUUUCUGUCUGUCUGCUGCCCACACACGAGAAAUGUUAGACAAGGUUCUGGAUGCCAUCAGUGAUGUAGGAGACCGCCUGCAGCUGAAGUACUCCCUCAACCCACCAACAAAGGCAGCGUCUGCUGAGGAGUGCUACAAGCAGGUGGACAGCCUGGCACACGAGGCUUGAUGUCCUCUGGUCACGGACAUUGGUUACAAUCUACUUGUCUGAUGCAGUCUUGAAGAGAAAAUGCAGUUUGUUGGUUGCAGACACACUGUAAUUUAUCAUGUUUUGGAGGGAAACACCUAAAAAGUUCAAAAAUGCAGCACAAGAAUCUCCACCAAUAUUCCACUCCAUCACUUUGUGUACCAUUGACUAUUACAUGUUCUGAAUAGUUGAUGACAGGAACAAUAACAACGUUAUGCAUAUUUUCACUUUGUUUUACAUUUAGAGGGAUGCUUUGUGUGUUGUAACAUGGUGGGGAUUUUAUCAUGAAGUGGGGUGAUGUGAUGUGAUAGGUGACAAGACAUCUGGUGGCCCAAAUUCCUCAUUUGUUGUUUUGUUGAAAUGAAGACUUGUACUUUGUAAAUGUAAAUGUUUGUUGUGGGACAUGAGAUAUGUAAAGUUGCCUUAUCCUAAUGGGAUAUAUUUCCAACAUGUAUAUACUACUUACUCUCUCAUAAAGGGAAAGGGUUUGAAUUUUCUGAGACAUUUAAGAGCCAGUAAUGUUUUCACUAAGUGUGAAAACUGAAUGUUGUCAAAUGGCUGUGGCGCUAGGCAAGUGGACGCAAGAUGGAGAAGUCGUGGAUUUGAUUCCUUGCACUCUUGGCUAGAUAUUGUGUCCUUGGGACAGGUAC